AUAAAUAGAAUGAAUCAUCUAACGUUCUUCCCACUAACACAACGUCUUGCCUGUAAACAAACUGCUUCGUUACAACGACGUAGAUAACGACGAUAAUAAUUAAAGCGGGAGAACGCCACAUCGAUGAUUAUUGUGGCCGGCAGCAGGCGUAACGAGAGUGAGCGUGCCAUAGAAAGCGACCGUGGGCGCCAUCGAACGUAAUUGCUAAUUACGGUAACCUAGUUAUUUUAACCCUUUGCGGUCCCGCGUAAAAGCGACCCGUUUAUUUUGGGGCGACGCUAAAUUUGACGUUCAGCUUGGAACGAGUACACGAGGUUAGCGGCGAGGGAAAUUGGCGUGACGGAAUCCUCGAACCGGGUCCUUCCUCCCUCCGGCAUCGUUCGUACAUCCGCUUGCCCAGUGAGACGUGGACGGGAGUCCAGUUUGCACAUAGUCGAGCCGUGGUUAAUUUUCUGGCUUGUAACGUGGUGGCCGCCCAAGUUUGACGAUUGUUCGAUUUUGCUUAUGCAUCGCGCGGAUCUAUAUGAGCCCCAGAAAAUGGGAUAACUGCGGAUUGAAUGUGUGCCGAUAACCACAAAUCGUUCGGGGUAAGCGUUUCCACGUAGAGAGAUAUACGUGGAGGUUGCGAGCCAAUGGCAAUCGAGAGAUUAAGUUUUUUAUUCCGGAAACAGGAAUGGAUGGACGGGGUGAGGGGCCCCAUGCUGAUUUCUAAGCCAGGCUUCUUCCCGCAGAAACUAUCUUUCAUUGUUAGAAACCUGUCUAACGGAGACGAAUCCAGAGAAAAAUCGGACGAAUAUCGCGUCAAUCAGUUCGAAAAGCUUGAAAAUUCAUAUCGGCGAAUAUUCGAAGUGUCUGUCGUUCAACGAACUGCCGGAGAUCUCUCUGUUCGAAGUUCACGCUGGCGGGGAGGGUACACAAAUAAACUUCGCGCAACCCACAAAGCCGUAUGUAAUCCAAAAGUUUGGCUCUUCAACGCCGCAGUAAAUCCAUCACGGUUCGAGUUAUCUCUCGAUCGACUUCGAGUGGCCGAAAUUCAGCUAGAUGCUCCAUAUAAAUCCGAGCCAGGGUCUUCCAAAACAUUCAACCACAGCAUUAUAUCGCACAAUACAUUUCCAAGGCUGCAAUCGAACAUAGAAUGGAUUCGUGGCCUGAAUACUCGAGGAGAGUCUGUUUGAACCUUAAAGGCGAAGCUUACAAUACAGAUAUUCACGUUAUCCGGAAGAAUAUUUGAAAUUUACAAUUUCAUGAACCAUUCAACUUGCGAUUGAAACCAGUUUGAAAAUCGUCUAAACCUAAUAAUUCUCGUUGUCUCUGUUGCCCUCGUGAUUCUAACCCUCUUGAUCGUCAAUACCGAUUAACGUAUCAUAAACCCAUGACAUAAUACGUACAGUAGGUAAUCCUAAUAGACGGAAUAGUGCUCAUCUCCCGUAAGCCUAAUUUCCUUGUCAUAUUCUAUAUACAUGUGCAAACAACAUUAUCUCGCAGUUUGAAAAUGGAAACUCGUAAUUUUGAAAAUUAUUUAGAAAUAUUUUAAGAAUGGUAGAUUAAUAUACAUAUAUUUUUUAAUUAGUUAUGUAUGAUUUUUUGUAAAAUUGUAUGGUUUGAUUUGUAAAAAAUUUAUUUAUCGUUAAAGAAAGUACUAUAUUCAAUAUCGAAUUGGAAAAUAAAAAUGAUUUAAAUAAAA